AUGUCUUUCACACCACCAAAAGCCAAUAGGGGACUCUAUGUCGACCCCAACUGCAAUUUCUCCGUCCAAGACACCAGCUCGCCCCUGCAGGUAGGCGACAACGAGCUCGUAAUUGAGAACAUCUACUCUGGAGUCAAUCCCGCAGACACCAAGCAUGCCAGCAUCUUGGGUAUCCGGGCAACAACCCUUGGAUAUGACUUUUGUGGACGCGUUCUCUCAUCGCCACCAGGGUCCAGGUUCAAGCAGGGCGACGUGGUAGCUGGACUCACUCCUUCAGGCCUGGGACGCGCUAAAAAAUACGGCACACACCAGGGCUACCUCAUCUGCCCUGAAGACAUGGCCUUUAAAGUCCCAGACAACCUCCCCGAAGCCCAUGCCGCAUCUCUGCCUGUGGUCGCCUUGGUCGCUGCCGAUACCAUCUUCAACUUUUUUAAGUUCCCCUUGCCUGGUAGUAACGACUCCUUUGUUCAUCAGCGACCCAUCUUGAUCUGGGGGGGUUCGUCUAGCGCCGGGCUCUGCGCCGUGCAGUUUGCUCGUGCUAGCGGUUGCCGGAAUAUCCUUGUCACUGCUUCGCCUGCUCGCCAUAAUAUGCUCAAGAGUCUCGGAGCGACGCACGUAUUCGACUAUAAAUCUCCCACAGUUGUUGAUGACAUUCUACUCAUGGUUAAAGCUCUCGGCCAGGGACCGAUUGGCCAUGCGUUUGACACAGUGUGCGCGGUAGAGCCAACUCCAUCGGCAGAUUUGGUCUCACAAUGCGUCAAGGAUCCAGCGGCCAUCCUGGUCGGCAUCACCAUUCUAAAAGAUGAAAGAUUUAAAUUGCCUUUCUCAUUAGCCAAGGACGACUGGACCAUUCAUUUGAAAGGUCAUGCUAGCCCCAUCACUAUUCCUGCCAGGCCCGAUGACUACUGGAAGUCUUGGAGUGCUCUACAGUGGGCGGUUGACAACUAUGGUGAAGGUUUCGAGCUACCGCAUGUUGAGGUCAUUGAAGGGUCGGCUGAAGACGUGUUGCGGGAAGUGAUACAAGUUGGGAAUCUUACCAGAGGCUUUGGAAAGAUAGUAGCCAGACAUCCAUUAAGAUGA